CCUGACCUGAUCGCCCGGCUGGAACAAGGGGAAGAGCCAUGGGUCCCGGAUCUCCAGGCCGGUGAGGAAAGGGAAAGCCCGAGAGGCUCCUGCACAGCAGGUGAUAGGACAGUGAGUGAGAGAAUGGAGGAGAAUCAGCAGGAGGAAGUUCCUGGGAAAGUGGAAUCGCAGGAGUUGGUUUUGAGAAGAGCUAAAGAGAAUUUUUCCCAGUGCUUGGAACAGGGAAAUGCCUUGGGAGAUCGACACAGAUCAGAAAUGCAGCUGGGAAACUAUCCUGGGAAGAAACUGGAUGAAUCUAUUGAACGUGGCAGAGGAUGCAAGGAUCCCAAGGAAACUACAGUACAGCAGACAAGUCACAAUGAAGAGAAACCUUACAAAUGCCUUGACUGUGGGAAAAGUUUCCGUUUCAGUGCAAGCCUUAUUAAACAUUGGAGAACCCACACAGGAGAGAAGUCCUAUAAAUGCUUAGAGUGUGGGAAAAGUUUCAGUGAGAAGUCAAACUUUAUUACGCACCAGAGACUGCACAUAGGAGAGAAACCCUAUAAAUGCCUGGAGUGCGGAAAAAGAUUUAGUCAGAGGUCAUCGCUUAUGACACAUUACAGAUCCCACACAGGAGAGAAGCCCUAUAAAUGCUUAGACUGUGGGAAAAGCUUCAGUAAGAAGCCAUGUCUUCUUAUACACCAGAGACUGCACACAGGAGAGAGACCAUAUAAAUGCCUUGAGUGUGGGAAAAGUUUUAGUCAGAAUUCACACCUUACUGCACAUCAGACACUGCACACAGGAGAGAGACCCUAUAGAUGCCGUGAGUGUGGAAAAAGUUUUAGCAAAAGUUCAUCCCUUAUUCAACAUGGUAGAAUCCACACGGGAGAAAGGCCAUAUAAAUGCCUUGAGUGUGGGAAAGGUUUUAUCGAAAGUUCAUCGCUUACUAAACAUGGGAGAAUCCACACAGGAGAAAAACCUUAUAAAUGCCUUGAGUGUGGGAAAAGUUUCAAUUUGAAAUCAGCCCUUAAUUCACAUCAGAAAACCCACACAGGAGAGAAACCCCAUAAAUGCCUGGACUGUGGGAAAACUUUCAGUCAGCGCUCACACCUUAAUAAACAUAGGAAAAUCCACACCGGAGAGAGACCAUAUAAAUGCCUUCAGUGUGGUAGAAGUUUCAUUCAGCACUCAAACUUUAUUAGACAUCCAUGUCUGAACACAAGACAGAGACACUAUAAAUGCCUUCAGUGUGAGAAAGUUUUCAAUGCGGGAUCGGACCUUAUUAAACAUGAGAGAACCCACACUGGAGAGAAACCAUAUAAAUGCUUGGACUGUGGGAAAACUUUUGGUCAGAGCUCACACCUUAGUAAACAUAGGAGAAUCCACACAGGAGAGAGACCAUAUAAAUGCUUUGAGUGUGGGAAAAAUUUCAUUCAUCACUCAGUCCUUAUUAAGCAUCAGAGAAUCCACACAGGUGACAAACCCUAUAAAUGCCUCGACUGUGGGAAAAGUUUUGUUGACAGAACAAAACUUACUAGACAUCAGGCAAUCCACACAGGAGAGAGACCCCAUAAAUGCUUGGACUGUGGGAAAAGCUUCAUUCAGAAGUCACAACUUACUAUACACCAGAGAGUUCACACAGGAGAGAGACCUUAUAAAUGCCUGGAGUGUGGGAAAACUUUUAUUCAUAACUCAAAACUUACUACACAUCAGAGAAUCCACACAGGAGAGAGACCUUAUAAAUGCCUGGAAUGUGGGAAAAGUUUUAUGGAAAGUUCAUCUUUUAUUAAACAUGGGAGAAUCCACACAGGAGAAAGACCCUAUAAAUGCCUGGACUGUGGGAAAACUUUCAGUCAAAGCUCACACCUUAGUCAACAUAGGAGAAUCCACCCAGGAGAGAGACCCUAUGGAUGCCUUGAGUGUGGGAAAAGUUUUAUGGAAAGUUCAUCCCUUAUUAAACAUGGGCGAAUCCACAUGGGAGAGAGACCCUACAAAUGCCUUGAGUGUGGGAAAAGUUUUAUGGAAAGUUCAUUCCUUAUUAAACAUGGGAGAAUCCACACAGGAGAAAGACCCUAUAAAUGCCUUGAGUGUGGGAAAACUUUUAUUCAUAACUCAAAGCUUACUAGACAUCAGAGAGUUCACACAGAUGAGAGACCCUUUAAAUGCCUCGAGUGUGGGGAAAGCUUCAGUUUGAAAUCAACCCUUAAUUCACAUCAGAAAACCCACACAAGAGAGAAACCCCAUAAAUGCCUGGAGUGUGGGAAAACUUUCAGUCAGCGCUCAGACCUUACUCAACAUGGGAGAAUCCACACAGGAGAGAGACCUUAUAAAUGCCUUGAUUGUGGGGAAAGCUUCAAUAAGAACUCAGAGCUCACCAAACAUCAGAAAAUCCACAAAGGUGAGAGACCCUAGGAAUAGCUUGACUGCAGGAAAAGAUUCAAUUUGACUUCACACAUCAGUGAUCAACACAACAG